CGUGAGACAAGUCCAAGCGACGUCCAAGACAGCUGGCUGGUGCGACGUCCACCUCCUUGGCCCUCAGCCGAUCCUUUUGAGGUCCUUCCUGCACUGCGCUAGCGGCGAGCCAUGCCGCGCGUGGGCCUGGUCUUCGAUUUGCGGCACUGCCAAACACAGCCGGGAGAAUCCCUUUGUGUGCGAGGGAACGUUGAAAGGCUGGGUGCAUGGUCCGCUGAGGGGCGCGAUGACUCCUUGCGUUUGCACACGGACCACAAGAGGUCCAAAUCUGCUCGCGCUCCCGAAGUCGGUGGCGAACCCGUUUUUUUCAGCGAACCCGAAAGGUAUCCUCGAUGGAGUUCCCGGGCUCCCAUCUGGCUGGAGGCCGAGGCGUUGCCCGAGGAGGACUUCAAGUUCUCCUUCCGGUACAAGUACGUGAAGGAUCGCCGUUGCUUCUGCGACAAGCCGUACGGGCGAUCUGCCUUUGUUUGGGAGGGUUCCAUCUCCGAUCGCUGCAUCUGCUUACCUGUUCAGGAUGGUGCGGUGUUCUUGGUCAGCGACGAGAUCUGGGACGAGGAGGGCCAGACCAUCAUCACUCAAUUGCGACGUUCCAAGGUGCACAUGCCCACCACGUUGCAACCUCAGGACAACUGCAGCUUUGUUCUGAGCCCACGGGCUCGAGAGAAGGAGGAGGAGGAUACCCAGUUUCCCAUUGAGAUUGAGUUUGGAGCGUUGGAUGUGGAGCCGAAGGUGGAGACCAAGUACACCUUCAUGGAGAAACAGGCAGAGGCAUUGAAGUUGGAGAACGUCGUGCUGCGGAAGAGGCUGCAGAAUCUGGAGGCCGCGAUGAGCAACUACCCGGUAGACAUGACAGACAGCACAGACAUCACAGACGACACCGAGACGUGAGGUGAGUGCAGCGGGUAAGCACGUGUCUCAAGUGUUUUGCUCCAUCACGGGAGGGAUGUGUC